UAGCACAUGGGGGUUGAGUGAAAAAAGGAAGCCACGUUGACACAAGAAGUGUUUUUUUUGUGUGUGUCCUGGGAAAUAAAGGUCACGUCGACAACCGUGUGUCACUCUGGACAGUACAGCUGACGCGUCAACGGUCAUACAUCAUCAGCUAGGAUGAGUGUUGGAUUCAUUGGAGCAGGCCAGCUGGCUCACGCACUUGUGAAAGGUUUCACUGCUGCAGGUGUGAUAGCAGCCCACAGGAUUACAGCCAGCUCCCCAGACACAGACCUGCCCACAGUGACGGGGCUGAGGAAAAUGGGGGUGAAUCUGACUACCAGCAACAAAGAAGCGGUUAACAGGAGCGACGUGCUGUUCCUGGCUGUGAAGCCCCACAUUAUCCCCUUCGUCCUGGAUGAGAUCGGACCAGACAUCGAGGACCGUCAUCUCAUCGUUUCCUGUGCAGCAGGUGUUACCAUCAGCUCCAUAGAAAAGAAGCUGCUUCAGCACCGUUCAGCUCCUCGAGUCAUGAGAUGUAUGACUAAUACUCCGGUGGUGGUGCGGGAGGGAGCGACUGUGUACGCCACUGGAACCCAUGCUGAGGUGGAAGACGGUAAGCUGCUGGAGCAGCUGAUGGCCAGCGUUGGGUUCUGCACUGAGGUGGAGGAGGACCUUAUCGAUGCUGUAACUGGACUGAGUGGCAGUGGACCCGCCUAUGCCUUCACAGCUCUGGACGCUCUGGCGGAUGGAGGAGUGAAGAUGGGUCUGCCCAGGAGGCUCGCUGUCAGACUUGGAGCUCAGGCUCUCUUGGGUGCAGCCAAGAUGCUGCUGGACUCUGAGCAACACCCUGGCCAGCUGAAGGACAAUGUAUGCUCACCAGGGGGCGCCACCAUCCACGCCCUACACUUCUUGGAAAGCGGAGGCUUCAGAAGCCUCCUGAUCAAUGCUGUGGAGGCUUCAUGUAUCAGGACCAGGGAGCUGCAGUUCCUCGCGGAUCAGGAGCGCAUCUCUCCAGCGGCCAUUAAGAAAACCACCCUGGACAAAGUGUUGCAGCAGCCCGGAGUCACAGUCAGUGGAGACAGCAGUGGGAACGGCAAGUCGGGCCUCAAGCUGUUCAACAAUCGCACGUCUGGCAUCAAAAAAAAGAACUGAGAUGAAAGAGGGUCCCACAGACAGAGACGGGUUCAUGUCUAAACGUGGAUUCUCAUCUGUCUCAAAAAGCUGUUCAACCAUAGAAGUGACAAAUGGACUCAGGACUUAUGCGAAUUUACCAACAAAUCAAUUUCAAGCGUUAUUUAUUCCUGUGUUAUGUUUGAAAAGAUUCAUGUCACUCAAGUGUAUUCAGUUAGAGCUUCUAACUAGAAGCAUCAAUGCUUACAUGGACAGCAGGUUUGUUGGAAGGAAACAGAUGUUACCAGCCAUGGUCUAGUCAGCUGUCUGUUUAUGCUUCAUCAUGUAUUGAAUUUUCUUAUCAUCACUCCAGGCUUGAAGACUGAACAAUUUUGAUCCUCUUGGAAUAUCUGCCAAGGAUUUUGUCCCCUGCAACCAAAAACAAACCCUUUCUUUCUGUUAUGUAUUAAUAGUUUUGUCUUUCCAUCUCUCUAAAAUCUUUUGUUUUUUUACAUUUUAUCAACAUUUGUAAUGUAAUAAUUUGGAAGUGCUACAGUAAGGCUUAAAUAAGUUAUAAAAAGGCUGAGCACAUGUAUAGCACAUGUACAAGUAUUUUCAGCCCAAUAGCUUGUUUAAUAAUGUUUAUUAUACUUCUUUACACAUAAACCUGUUAUGUUGCAUUUAUUUUCAGCAUAUCGGUAAUUAAAAUUACAUGUGUUUUUGGGGGGUUUCUCGGUAAUUUAGUCUUU